AUGAAUUCUAAUAUGAAAGCUGUUAUGCCAAUAAAUUCAAUGUCUCAAUGUACUCAUCUUAAAGAUCAUCGUUACUCAUGUAUGAAUAAUAGUAUUGAAAUAAAUAUCCUUAAUAUAUAUCCUCAUAUUCCGGAAAUUAAAUCUCGUUUUUUGAUAAACAUUGCCAUAUUUUCUUUUUGUUUCAUUCUUGGUAUUUGUGGAAAUUCAUCAAUUUUAACAAUAAUUAGAAAUAUUAUAUCAAAAAGACAUUCAGGAAGAUUAAAUAGAAGACAAAAAGACUAUGCAUUUUUUUACAUUAUUUCACUUUGUGUUGUUGAUAUGGUAAUGUUAAUGUCACUUCCAACGUGUAUACUUGAUUUAAUUAUUGGAUUUUGGUUAUUUGGAACAUGGAUAUGUAAACUUCAUCAUGUUAGCAGUUCUGUUGGAAGAGUUAUUUCAACAUUUUUAAUUACAGCAAUGAGUUUUGACCGUUAUAUGGCUGUAUGCCAUCCUUUAAAAUUAACAUAUCGAUCAAAAAAAUUUGUUAUGGUUACAUGUAUCUCAGCAGCAUUUUUAGCACUUGUAUUAUUAUCACCUUUAUUAGGUUAUGCACAAAGUAUUGAAAUAUUACAUGGACAAUUUGAACAAUAUGAUGAUAAAUUAAGUAUAUAUAAUGUAACAAGAGUUAGAUUUUUUAAAUGUAUUGAUAAUAUGCCUGUUAAUGUCGCUUUCCUUUUUACAAUAUCAACAUUUAUAUUAGGUUUUUUAAUUCCACUGGUAUUAAUUGUAUUUUUUAAUGCACAAAUAAUUAGUCGUUUAUAUCGGCAUACAAAAAUUUUACCUACAAGUGGCAUACCAUUAUUACGAAUAUCAUUAUAUACAAUAUUAAUUGCUGUAUUAUAUUUUAUUUGUUGGACACCAUAUUGGAUAACAAAUAUAUAUAGUUUUUUUACAACAGUUGAUACUGAAACAAAACAUCAAGAACUUCUUACAUUUAUAAUGUAUUGUGUUCAUGGUUUACCAUAUAUUGGAUGUGCAAGUAAUUGGAUAUUAUAUGGACUUUUAAAUACUCAACUUCAAGUUAAACAAAGAACAAAUUAUAAUGGUAAUAAUAAUCAACAACAAUUGUUACGUUUAGAUUGUAAUACUGUACAUGUAGAAAAAUCUUCUACAUAUCAAUUAUAA